GAGCAGGGAAUGACGCGAGGGGGGCGGGCCGGGGCCGUGCAUGGAUGAAGUUUUUGCGUAUCUGCGUUGGGAGAUGAACUAUAACUCUGACUUUUAGGCUCCAUUAGAAGGAAACCCGAAGAUUCCACAGGACGGAAGUGACGCAGUGACGCAUGUGCAAAACAACAACUGAGCUUUAUCGUAAAAAUGCAUGUACUAUUCUAAUGCUGCGUGCACAUUGGUUGGACUCUAAAGACUGUACACGCUGAGGAAAAGCGAGCGCGCUCCCGCGGCGCACGGGCACAUGCACGCGGGUCGCGUCAAUGCACGGCUCUGGUUGCAGGUCGGUAAACAAGGUCUGACCUAUCUGGUUUGGGGGGGGCAUAUACUGGAUUAGACUCCACCAGCCAGCAGCAACAACAGCACCAGCAGCAGCAGGAAGAGGAAGAGGGCGCCACGCAACCUGCAGGGCCCCGUGCACAAAAGACCCCCCCCCCCGCGACCUUUCGCGUGAACGUGACCGUGCUGUUGUGUUGCAUUGACCCAGACUACACAGCGAGAGAGGACAGCUACCGUCCAUCAUGGCAGGAGAUAUGAUCCUAGUGAUGCGGGGCUUGGCCAAGUUGAGCCAGGCGGUGGUGGAGACUCAGGGCAGCAGCCUGCGCAGCGGAGCAGGCCUCCCGGCAGUUGGCGCCGUGGUCCAAAGCGUCCAGUCGGUUGCCGAGCAGGGCCUCUCUGCCGCCAUGACGACAAUGCAGGGGCUGAGCGGCCGGCAGCAGGCGUCUCCGUCGGAGCCCGACCACGACUUCCCGCAGGACGACGCGGCGUUCGAGUUCGAGGAGGGCGGCGCCGAGUUCGCCGGGGAUCAAACGGGAAGCAGUCGGGAAUUUGCCGCCCGCGACGGCGCAGCAUCAGCAGCAGGAGGAGCAGGAGGAGCAGCAGGAGCAGGAGGAGGCAAACAGUCGCUGUUUGAGGGAUGCAAAGAUCCCAGCCAGCAGUUCGGUGGACACGCCAGACCCUACCACCAAGACGCCAGACACUUCUACAGCCACAGCCUGAGCAGGCACCUGUGGGGGCGGCUGUACAGCCGGCAUCCGGUCAGCCAGCUCAGGCUCUACCACCAGGACCCUUCCACCGUCGGGGGGCUCACCGCCGAGGACAUGGAGAAGGCGCGCCAGGGCAAGAAGGCCGAGGUCAAGUCGCACAAGCAGAUGCUGAGCGAGAGAGCCAGAGAGAGGAAAGUGCCGGUGACUCGGCUCGGCAGGCUGGCCAACUUUGGAGGUCUAGCUGUGGGUUUGGGGUUUGGCGCACUGGCGGAAGUUGCUAAGAAGACCAUGAGACACACCGGCACAGCAGGUGAUGAAAACAACAAGGGCGUGCUGGACUCCAGCCCCUUCCUGUCCGAGGCCAACGCCGAGCGCAUCGUCAGGACCUUGUGCAAAGUGCGAGGAGCGGCGCUGAAGCUGGGCCAGAUGCUCAGCAUUCAAGACGACGCCUUCAUCAACCCGCAGCUCGCCAAGGUCUUUGAGCGCGUCAGGCAGAGCGCCGACUUUAUGCCAAUCAAGCAAAUGACGAAAGCGCUGAACAGCGACCUCGGGCCCAACUGGAGGGACCAGGUGGAGUCGUUUGAGGAGCGCCCGUUUGCAGCGGCGUCCAUCGGCCAGGUUCACCUGGCGAGGAUGAAGGACGGCAGGGAGGUGGCCAUGAAAAUACAGUACCCCGGCGUGGCUCAGAGUAUCCACAGCGACGUCAACAACCUGAUGACGGUGCUGAACCUCAGCAACGCCCUGCCGGAAGGUCUGUUUCCGGAGCACCUGAUAGACGUGAUGAGAAGAGAGCUGGAGCUGGAGUGCGAUUACAUCCGAGAGGCAAAGUGUGCCAAGAAAUUCAAGGAGCUGCUGAAGGACCACCCGUUCUUCUACGUGCCCGAGGUGAUCGACGAGCUGUGCGGCCGCCACGUCCUGACCACGGAGCUGGUGCCCGGCUUCCCCCUGGACCAGGCCGCCGGCCUCACGCAGGAGCUGAGGAACGAGAUCUGUCACAACAUCCUGCUGCUGUGCCUCCGGGAGCUGUUUGAGUUCAGGUUCAUGCAGACCGACCCGAACUGGUCCAACUUCUUCUACGACCCGCAGACCCACAGGGUGGCGCUGUUGGACUUUGGCGCCACGAGAGGAUUUGAUCUGAGUUUCACCGAUGACUACAUAGAGAUCAUCCGCUCGGCCGCAGAGGGCGACCGAGAGGGAGUUCUGAAGAAAUCCAUCAACAUGAAGUUCCUGACCGGAUACGAGUCCAAGGCCAUGAUGAGCGCCCACGUGGACGCGGUGAUGAUCCUCGGCGAGGCCUUCGCCUCCACGGACGACUUCGAGUUCGGGUCCCAGUCCACCACGCGGAGGAUCCACAACCUCAUCCCCGUGAUGCUCAAGCACCGGCUCACCCCCCCGCCCGAGGAGACGUACUCCCUCCACCGCAAGAUGGGCGGCUCGUUCCUCAUCUGCGCCCGGCUGAACGCGCAGCUGCGCUGCAAGGACAUGUUCCACGCCACGUACCAGAGGUACUGGGAGGGCCGCACGCCGCCCAACCAGGCGGCCUGAGCUGAGCCAUGGAGACAGUACUUAUUUGGUUGAUUCAGAGAGGGGGGGGGUCCAUUUAUAUCUCCCCGGUGAGGGGGACGGAGGACAGAGACGGACAGCUUGGGAGUUAAAGUUGUAAAAUCAUUGUCAGCAGGUCGGAUGAUUCUUUUUUUUUUGUUGUUUUUUUUGCUGUGUUUCCUUGAGUUUUUGUUUUGUUUUUUUUGGCCAGAAAGGUCAAAGGUGACGCCAUGAAAUGUGUAUGGUGUGGUGAAAUCGGACCGAACUCCCAAGUGUGGGCCGUGACGUGGUCGGCGUGAGGCCGUCGAGGACCAACGUAGCUUGAGAUGUUUGAGUCGGAUUCGGUUAGCAAUCGAAAUGUAGACGCAGAAAUCAAUGGGACGGUUUGCAUAAAAGGGGGAACAUUUGUUGUAUUGAUUUGUAUAAAAAUGUGACAAACUGGAAUCUGCGAGGAAAGGCUGACCUUUUAACUUGUGCUUUCAGAUUUGUGUUUGUGACUUUGUUGUGUGGGCACAACGUUGGUUCAAACCCAUCCGUCUGCUUUCAAUGUGACCCUUCACAAGAUUUUAUGUCUAACCAACGUCUGAGUGAUUUUACCAAGUUUGUGCCUGUGGGAAAAAUAUAUAUAUAUCGAGGAUCAGAUUUUUUUGAUCACAUCUGAUGUUUUGUCCGAAUUCUAGCUGAUUACUAAAAGGUUGACCCCCAAAGGCUCCGAAUUCUUCUCUCCCGAUUCUGAAAGAUUCUCCAGACAUCUUGUAGAGCUCCUUGUCCGGUGGGAAGAUAAAAAAGUUCAAUCUGUGCGUGUCGUGCUGAAACUCAAGAGUCGAUGAAGAAGCGUUUGUGCGGCCCUUUCGGAGAAACAUGAGUUGGAAAAAGAACAGACGUAAAUACAGCUCAGAUUUAUCCUCGGCAGCAGGUUAAGAGGUUGUGAUGUUUGUUUUGGAGGAGAUGAAAAACUGAACCAGGAAUUGAAGAGGCGCGCUCAAAGCUCGUCUUCCUUAUUUAGCGAUGUCUAGGGCCCGGGACGCGGGGG